AUGGUUUCCACCAUACUUCAACCAGCUUCGGCUAACCUCGAGGCCACUUCAGAUAAUAUCGACGUCGUCAAUGUCCUCAAGGCAAACGCAAAGCAAGCCGGGAAAGAUAUCUACGACGAUGCCGAGUUUGACAAAGCCAAGGACAAGACAACCUUUCGCCAAUUCGAUGAUGCCUGCGAUCAGGUCAAGAACUUUUAUGCCCAGCAGCACACCUUACAAACCGUUUCCUUCAACUUGAAGGCGCGGAAUGACUUCCACAAUAAGACCCGCGCUCAUAUGACUGUCUGGGAAGCAAUGGAGAAGUUGAACACUUUCAUUGACGAGUGUGAUCCUGACACUCAAGAGUCUCAAGUGACUCAUCUCCUACAAUCCGCAGAAGCAAUCCGCAAAGAGGGCAAACCCCGCUGGAUGCAGCUUGUCGGAUUGAUUCACGACCUUGGGAAGUUACUUUUCUUCUUUGGUGCCCAGGGCCAAUGGGAUGUCGUUGGAGACACGUUCCCCGUCGGGUGUGCCUUUGACAAUAAAAUAAUCUUCGGAACUGAGUCUUUCAGGAAGAAUGAGGAUUUUGAGAAUCCAAUCUAUAGUACCAAAUUUGGUAUCUACUCCCCCGGCUGUGGACUGGAGAACGUCAUGCUCUCUUGGGGGCAUGAUGAAUACCUUUACCACAUUGUCAAGGAUCAGUCGACCAUUCCCGACGAGGGUCUUGCCAUGAUUCGCUACCAUUCAUUUUACCCAUGGCAUCGCGAGAAUGCUUAUCAUGAGCUUAUGAACGAACAUGAUAAGAAGAUGCUAGAGGCUGUCCGUGCUUUCAAUCCCUACGAUUUGUACUCCAAGAGUGACGAUGUGCCCAACGUUGAAGAACUAAAGCCCUAUUAUCUCGAGCUCAUUGAUGAGUAUUUCCCUACAAAGGUUCUGCGAUGGUGA